GCUGUAGCAGGAGAGAAGACGACGGAGAAUGAGGAGAGGGAUUCCCUUCCACGCUCCAGGCGCGGCUCCGGCACUUCAGCGCGCCCUUACCCCAGCGCGCACACGAGCAGCGGUUCCUCUUUUUCUGGUGUUUCUGCUUUAAUUCAAGGGGGAUUCUGCAGCGCCUCUCCAGUUUUCCCCGAGUUUCCGCGGUGCGCGGCUCCAUCCCGUGAAAAUGCCGGAGCUCAUCUCAGUAAGCGACUUCAUCGCCGAGGCGCAGGAAGACUACAGCUCCCCGACCACCUCGUCGUUCACAACCAAAAUGGCAAGUUGCCGGAACACGGCUAACGGCAUCGAGGAGGCGCUAGAUCUUGAUAGAGUAGUUCUGCAAAAAAUGAAGAAGGCGGCCAAAGCUCAGUAUGCCUCAGGUCAAGAUCACAUUUCCCAUCUGGAAAACUACAUUGCCUCAAUGGAGAGGCUUGCACAGAAUUUUAGAAAUAAUGGAGAAUAUGAACUUGCAACUGCCUUUAACAAGUUUGCAGAAUUUUCCAAGGAGCCUCUGACACCAAUGAAGAAUCUGUUGCAGAGUCUCUUUCACAACAUAAACUUCUUUCUGGAUUCCCUAGUAAAAGGUGACUUAAAGGACGUCAAAGGGGAUCUUAAGAAGCCCUUUGAUAAAGCCUGGAAAGAUUAUGAAAAUAAAUUCACCAAAAUUGAGAAGGAGAAGCGGGAACUAGCGAAACAGUAUGGAAUGGUGAGGACCGAGGUGAGUGGCGGGGAAAUUGCUGAAGAGCUGGAGAAGGAGCGACGCAUGUUCCAGCUGCAGAUGUGUGAGUAUUUAAUCAAAGUGAAUGAAAUCAAGACCAAGAAAGGUGUGGAUCUGCUGCAGAAUCUCAUCAAGCACUACCACUCCCAGUACAAUUAUUUCCAGGAGUGCUUGACAACGACUGAAAAAUUGAAGCAGUAUAUUGAAGCACUGACCACUGAGCUUGCUGGUAUUAAGCAACGGCAAGAUGAGGAGAAGAAGCAAUUGUGUUUGCUACGAGACCUACUAAAGCCAACCCUUCAGCUUGAGCAGAAAGAGGACUCUCUAAAUCGGCAAACUGUGUACAGUAUGCAUCAGCUUCAGGCCAACAAGCAGUACGGCACUGAAAAGUCGGGGUACUUGUACAAGAAGAGUGAUGGAUUAAGGAAGGUAUGGCAAAAGCGCAAGUGUACUAUUCAGAACUGCUACCUGACCAUUGCACAUGGCACACCUAACAGACCUCCAACCAAGCUGAAUCUGCUGACCUGCCAAGUGAAGCCAAGUUUAGAGGACAAGAAAUGUUUUGAUCUCAUCUCACACAACCGAACAUACCACUUCUUGGCAGAUGAUGAGCUAGAGUGCACAGCGUGGAUAUCAGUUUUGACCAACAGUAAGCAAGAAGCCCUGAAUGUUGCACUUGAUGAUAAGCCGCCUUGUGGGGAAAACAGCAUUGGAGAUUUAACAAAAGCUAUUAUUGAUGAUAUCCGCCGUAUGCCUGGUAACAACAUGUGCUGUGACUGUGGAGCACCAGAUCCAACGUGGCUCUCAACCAACUUGGGCAUCCUGACGUGCAUUGAGUGCUCUGGUAUCCACCGCAAGAUGGGUGUUCACCACUCCCGCAUACAGUCCUUAGCAUUGGAUAAGUUGGGUACAUCAGAGUUACUGGUAGCUAAGAAUAUUGGGAAUACUGGUUUCAACGAGAUUAUGGAGGCUAGUCUUAAGAACCCUGCUGCCAAGCCAUCAGCAGACAGUGAUAUGAAUGUGCGGAAAGACUUCAUCAUUGCCAAAUAUGUUGAAAAGAAGUUUGCUCGCCGUACAGGGAUCUCACCAAUGGUGCUUCUCAGGAACUUGCAGGAUGCUGUGACCUCAAAGGAUAUGUUUGCACUAUUGCGAGUAUAUGCAGAGAACUUAGACCUGAGUGACUCUAUGCCAUUAAUAAUACAGGAGCCAGGAGAAGCUGCCCUCCACCUUGCUGUUCUCUUGUCUGACCGCACCUCCCUCCACAUGGUAGACUUUCUGGUACACAACAGUAACAAUCUUGACAAGCAAACGGUUCGAGGGAACACUGCUUUGCACUACUGCUGCCAGCACAACAACACAGAGUGCCUUAAAUUACUUUUACGUGCGAAGGCCAACACACAUAUCAAAAAUGAAAAUGGUGAGACAGCACUGGACGUUGCCAGGCGGCUGAGGCACACACAUUGUGAGGAGUUGGUCAGUCAGGCACAGUGUAACCAGUUCAACAUGCAUGUCAACGUGGAAUAUGAGUGGAGGCUGAGGCAGGAGGAUGUUUAUGAAAGUGAUGAUGAUUUGGAUGAAAAGGACCGUUCCUGCCGCCCUAUCAGCCUUUAUCAAGCUCCCUGCACAAUGCCUCAGACCUGUAGUACUGGCCAGACCACUGUGGGACGGCGCUUGGCAGCCCUACACAAGGACACCCUGCGAGACAUCUAUGCCACACCUAACAAAUUUAGCCGUAGUCUAGAUAGCCCUCAGACCACCAGUCCUCCAUGUUUUGCACCACCUCUUCCUCCUAGAGUACGAGCCCCAAACAUUCCCCCACCUCCUCCUCCUAGCAGCAGCCCCCAGACACCGGAUUAUGACAGUGUAACCAUAACUAAGAAGAACCUUCCUCCUCCACUGGUCAUCAGGCACAAGCGUACCUUGUCAGAACCAACGCCCCAGGUGCCCCACAGCCCCCUGAGCCAGCGACAUGUAUCUGUUGAUCAUGGGUUGCCAGUACAUUCUAGGGGAUUUGGAGGUCCCGAAAAUUUGUACCAGAAACCCAGCUUGGGCUCUCCUAAAUAUACAACAACUCCACUCAACUCCUUGCCUGAACUGCCAGAGAAAGGUUUUCAGAAUUGGACAGACGCUCCUUCCCACAAUAUUUACCAGACCCCAGUGCCCAGCUGUAAAUCCUCUCUACCAAAUUCUCCAUCUUCCAAGUCCUCAAUGUUUGAUGGAGUUGACCUUGUUGAAGUUACACCAGGAACAGCUCCCUACCCACUGCCUAGGAAAAACACGGGAAAGCCAAAGCUCCGAAGAGUGAAAGCAAUUUAUGACUGCAUUGCUGACCAUAGUGAUGAGUUAACAUUCAAGGAGGGAGAAGUCAUUGUGGUCACUGCAGAAGAGGAUGCAGACUGGUGGAUGGGCUACAUUGAAGCAGAGCCAUACAAGAGAGGCCUCUUCCCGGCAUCCUUCGUACAUAUCCUCUCAGAUUAAAGAUCUGGAAGACACUGCUGCUUGGUGGUUAAAGGUCACAGCUGAAACAUAGCUGCUGAAGCAAUCUCAAAAGGAGUGGAAGUCGACAAGUGACGAUGUGUUUUGAUAUAAACCAGCGUAAAAGUGGCUGUUCUUGCAUGCUUUCCGCUGCAGCCUGGAAAGGAGAGUUCAUUUGAAAGCAGGCAAUGGUUGAGGUACCAGAAAUGCCCCCGUCCCACGCUCUACUCCUUCAUCUUACUUUCCGUUCCUUCUGCUUUCAACUGCAGUCACUCUUUCCCACCCCAGCCGUUUCGGCACAGAAAAGAACAUUUUUGUGCAAAUUUGUAGUCCAGAGUUUCAGACUCUGAGAUGCACUUCUCGGGCACACUGGAGUGCCAGAUUGCUGUGGUUAAUUUAGCUGGAGAGCUACUUUAAUAAAUCUUGCACACUGUAACACCUUGAAAUUGCCUUUAAUUAAGCCAGACUUGUAGUUGUCACUAAUUAAAAUAUUCCUUAUUUGUGUCCACCGAUAUUUGGGGCACAAAUUUGCAAAUAAAUUGUCAGUAGAGCUGGCUUGCAUGCCUGAAGGUUGCAGGACAUAUGUCGCAUUCUGCACAGUUAUUAUGCGACUGGUGUUACAAGUCGGCGCAGUGGUUCAUACUGCGGCUGUUAACCUAGAAGCACAUCCCUGCAUGUCUCUGCAGGUAAAUAUCGCAUUUAUGGAUUUCAAAGCCAAGCACAUCCUGCGGCAGUGUUUCCAGACUAAUCAAAGCGACAUCCUUCCCUUAGUAAGUGUCUACAGGUCAGCCAUUGUACAUGUUGAUAGGUGUGUAUGAAUUCCGUCUCCUGUAAAUUCUGUUUUGAAUGGCCGCUGCAUUACCUCAGGUCCAGACUCUGAAGCCCCACUCUGAUCAGGAGUGUCUUCAAUGAAGAUUUAGCACGUUCUUCUGGUAUUUUUAUGUGGGUUUCCUCCGGGGCAUUUAGAGAGACUAUUUGACAGAUUUAAUGGAUGGCAAUGCAUGCCAGUGAGUGACUCUGUGUAAGUAUGGGUGAGCAUGUUCGCCUCCCACCAAUGAUGGGAUUAUGUGAGGCCUGGAAGAUAUUCUGUUAAAUGAGCAACUUGAUACGUGGCUAACUGUCUUAGCUGCUCCUUCACAGCAGCUGAGUUGAGUGUCGCCAUGAGCUCCUGACACCAAUAGUCUUCAUCAGAAGGGUACCUUGUGUCUCUUAUCAUUUCAUCAGGCUCCCAGUUGGCACUUUCUGUUGCCCCGUGGUGUAAGUUUGACUUUUCCAGGUAUUCAGAUAGUAGUUUUCAGCUCCAUGCAGUCAUUUUACUUUGCAAAAUAGUAUUGCUUUUCUUUCGUGUACUGUCCAUAAUCUUCCUUAAAUGUUUUAUCCUUGUUUGUGUUAAAUCAUGAAGUUCUGCUCAUUCAGUCACGACCAAACCUUUUCAGUAUUAAAUGAAAACAGUAUAAAAACAGUU